AUGACGACGGAGGUGUCCUCCACCCGGCUUUACUUGGGAAACCUCCCUCGAAAUGCUACCAAGUCCGAUGUUGAGGCUCACUUUGCGACUCAUGGAACCGGAGAAAUCACCGAGGUCAAGCUGAUGAACGGCUUCGGUUUCAUCGAGUACAAGGAUCCCAUGGACGCUCAAGAUGUUGUCCCGGCCUUUCACGGAUCGAACUUUAUGGGAGAACGACUCACUGUCCAGUUUGCUCAUGGCCCCCGGCACCGAGAGGGUGGCUUCGGCAACCACGAGCGCGCCGCUCCGCGGCCUCGCCGUACCCCUCAUCGAAUGCAGAUCACGGGACUCCCGAACGAUACCAGUUGGCAGGAUCUCAAAGACUUUGCGCGUCAGUCCAGCUUGGACGUGGUCUAUUCUGAGACUGGACGCGACUCGAACGGCCGAGGAUUCGUCGAAUUCGAGACUGCUGCGGACCUGAGGACCGCUGUAGAGAAGCUCGACGGUCGCGAAUUCAAGGGACAGCGCGUCCAAUGUGUUGCUGACACUCAGCCUGACGUUCCCGCCCGCGACCGCGGUCGAUCCCGCUCUCCGGGACGACGUCCGUACCCACCUCCCGUGGAUGACUACGACCGCCGUGGUCCUCCUCGCGGCUAUAGUCCUCGCCGCGAUGGAUACGGCUACCGUGACCGAAGCCCACGACGAGACUACUAUGAUGACCGAGCCCGCUAUCGAUCACCACCUCGCCGACCAAUGGAGGACUAUCCUCCUCCCCCUCCUCGCGGUCGCUAUGAUGACCCGUACCGACGCGACUACCCUCCUCCCCCCGACCCUUAUGCCAAUGGUCGGCCGCCGUACGACCGGCCUCCCCGAGACUUCCCUCCGCGAGAGGGUGGAUAUCCCAGGGAGGGAUAUCCCCGUGAUUACGAUCGUGGUGGACGCUACUGGUAA